GCAAUUUCUAGGCAAAAAAAAUCUCUGGUUGAUUGAAAAAAGACACUUUCUUUACUUCUAAACCCGUGUCAGAGAUUGAAGUGAAAUUAUUUGAAAUAUUGUGUACAAUUUUUGAUUUCAUUUUAUUAUUAAAAUCAAGCCAUAAAUUCCCCAGGAAAGUGUCAAAACGUAAUGACAAUGGAAUAAAAUCCCCGGCGUGGCCUGUUUGUACAGAAACGUUCGAUCAAUUUUCACGGAAGUAUAUUUUCAUGAUAGAGGAAAGGAAUAAAAAGUUCAAAGGUGUAGAAGGAGUUAAUGAUAUUUCGAUCCCAACAAGUUGACAAAUUUUUGAAAUUUGUAAUUGUACACGAAAUUUUAAAUAAAACAACGAGACGGUGACUUUAUUUGCCGUACAGUGGAAAUCGCGGAAGUGGAAAAUUUUUAUGUCUUUCACUCGUGUUAAAAUCAUUAUGGCGUCACUGAUUCUCAUUUCCAGCCUUGUUCAAUGAAUUGAAGGGGAGAAAAAAGUGUAUGGGUGAAGAAACGAGUUGUGUCAGGCGAUUUAUUUGCGAUCCAAUUAAGGAAUAAUCGGUUGUGUGUCGACCUGCACGGACAAUCGACACAAACGAUCUUUAGUGAGUUUUCCUCAUCUAAUGAAAAGUAACUUACCUCAUAUCGAGGAUAUUUUUGCAUAACAGUUAGCAAAUCGAGAAUAAAAGUGAUUCAUAACUUAUCGUGAAAUUUCGCCGACCUAAUUUGAAUUAGUCAUAAACUUUGGCUUCUAGUGGAUGGUGAAGUGUAUAAAUCAAGUAGGAAAAAGUUUAGGCAGGGUCGUUGGGCGUGCUCAAAGCAAUUUUCAUAAAAAGGAAAAGUCAAAGUCGAAAUCGUAUGAUUUAUUGAAAUUUCCAAAACAACCUCACAAAAUUUAAAAAGUGGCAUUCCGAAAGUGAAAAGACAACUGGAAAAGAAGUUAAAAAAUUGUGAAAAGAAAAAAAAAAUUCAUCUUACCCAAAGAAGGUAAUCGGGGAAAUACAAAGUGCAAAAAAAAUUGAUUUUUUCUUGUCGCUUGCCAUCGGAAAGCACAUGGCUUGAGAUCAAUAAUCCAUGCUUUGUUCCGGUUACAUUUAGCGGCUUUUCUUAACAAGUCAAAUUAAUGUUCUGGAAUUCGUCAAAUUUUAUGGAUUAAUAGCAGUUUCAAAUUUAUGAAGAUUUUAAAAGCUGUUAAAAGACGAAACAUUAAAAAAUCAAGCGUACUUACUUUUUGGUGAUUAUAAUCAUGAAUGUUCAGGUCAACGAGUGCUUCAUCAGAAAUAUUUUAUAGCACGGUUCAGAAGGUUUUAGACUUUUUGAAAGCACUGAUUAUAUUUUUGUGCAAAUCACGUCGUUUUAUCUUUUUGAAUAUCUAGCGAGUUCUUCUAUUCAUCAUCAUCUUCCAUUAUAUUGAUAACUAAGAAUUCCUACCUACCUAGCAAGAGCUGGUGCUCACUUUGUAUCACAACUUAAGAAAGAAAAAAAACAUCCUGCUUCCUGUUGAAACAAUUUAUGUUUGAAGCUUAUCAAAACAUAGAAAAAGCGUGUUAAAUUUUUCUAAUAGCUGUUAAUUAUUAAAAAAGAAAGAAAGAAAAUUAAGAUCAGGAAUAAUCAUGUCAGAUUGCGAAGAUUCUUCCUCACCAAACAAACUGACAGCAUUACGUGACAAAAAGGAUUCUGUUGCUGAUGUCAUUUCGAUACCACAAUUCUACGAUGGCCGAAGUAUUUUUAUCACAGGUGGAACUGGAUUUAUGGGAAAAGUUUUAGUAGAGAAGUUGCUGCGAUCAUGUCCAGGCAUUAAGAAUAUUUACCUUUUGAUCAGACCGAAGCGGGGACAAGAAAUAAAUUCACGACUUAGUGAAAUCAUCAAUGGACCGCUCUUUGAUAAGCUCCGAAAGGAGCGUCCCAACGAUUUGAAUAAAAUCAUCCCAAUUCACGGUGACAUAACAUCAGAAGAAUUAGGAAUUUCAGAAGCAGAUCAAGCACUUCUGAGUCGCACAGUCUCUGUCGUAUUUCAUUCAGCUGCAACAGUAAAGUUUGAUGAGAAAUUAAAACUUUCUGUAACUAUCAACAUGUUAGGAACAAAACGUCUCGUACAGCUUUGUCAGCGAAUGAUAUCACUUGAUGCUUUGGUGCACGUUUCAACAGCAUAUUGCAAUUGUGACAGAUACGAUGUUGGUGAAACAAUUUAUUCACCACCUUACAGUCCCGACGACAUUAUUUCUCUGGUUCAAUGGUUACCAGAAGAUCUUUUGGAUAAAUUGACGCCAUCCCUAAUUGGUAACCGGCCAAACACAUACACCUUUACAAAAGCAUUAGCUGAAAGUAUGUUGUUAAAAGAAGCUGGCAACUUACCAGUUGCAAUUGUAAGACCUUCAAUUGUGUUGGCAAGCGUUAAUGAACCGUUGAGAGGAUGGGUUGAUAAUUGGAAUGGACCAACUGGAAUUGUUUCUGCAGUGGGAAAAGGAAUUUUUCACACAAUAAUGUGUAAUGAAGAGAGCGUUGCCGAUUUUAUUCCAGUGGAUAUGGUCAUUAACCUGAUGGUGGCUGCUGCUUGGAAGAGAGCAUUGACAAAGCCGGCAGGCAUGACAAUUUACAAUUGUUGUACUGGUGAAGUAAAGCCGAUAACUUGGGGACGUUUAGUGUCAUUAGCAAUAGAAAAAAUGAGAAUUCAUCCGCUUGAAGGAACAUUUUGGUAUCCUACGGGAAAUUUAAGACGAAAUAGAUUUUUGAAUGCAAUUCAUUCGGUUUUGGCUCAUUACAUACCGGCAUAUAUUCUUGAUAUCCUCGCUCGUAUGGCCGGAAAGAAACCAAUUAUGAUUAAAGUACAAGACAAACUAGCAAAAUCUGUUCAAUGCUUGGAAUAUUUUACAACACAUCAAUGGAAGUUUCAUGGUGACAAUGUGGUGGCCCUUCUUGAUGCGUUAACUCAAGAUGAUCGUCAAAACUUUCAAUUUGAUGUUCGCACCAUUCAAUGGGAAGAUUACGUUGAAAAUUAUGUGUUAGGAUUCAGACAAUUUCUUUUUAAAAUGAAUCCAUCGUCACUUGAAGCAAGCAGAAGAAGAAUGACAAAACUUAAAAUACUUCACCAAAUUACAAAACUUCUGACCGUGUUUUUCUUCUGGCGAUUUUUAAUGAGUCGCUCGAAAAAACUUCGAGAUUUAUGGAGUCGUUUCCUUGGAUUAAUUGCAUCAAUGUUCAAGUAUCUGCCUAUGGCUAUCACUGCAUAGAUUCCAAGUUGAGCUACCUACUUACAUAAACUACUUUAUAAACUUCAUCCAUUUUGCAAUACCAAUAUUGUUGAUUUAGUUUAAAAGACGCAUCGUUUUGAUGCACUUAUGGUGAUUUAGGUUCAUUCUCAAUUUUUAGAUGUUAGUUCAAAUGAGGAAAUGGAAAAAUAAGAAAGAAAACUUGCAAUGAAACCCCAUGAUGUAAAUUUAUGUGCAUGAAUGAUGACAGAAAGUGAAAGUCUAAUGACAAUUUAAGUUUGUUCUUCUGUUUGGUUUUUUUUAGAAUAAAUUGGAAAAUCGAAGAGAUUUUUUUUUUAUUUUUUAAUUAAGAUAAGAAGUGAUUACGUUUUGUGAAGAAUAUUAGAGAAAUCGAUUUUAUUUACCAUGUCGUUUUGUCGGUUUGAAUUUAAUUGAUGAAUUUCGCUGUUUUCCUUCCUUCGAAGUUCAGAGCAUUCCAUUAUUUGAAUUAGUUUUCUUUCCAUUGUGUGCUAGUAAAAGACGAAAAUGUAUUCAGACAUGAAGGUAUAAGUAAUUAUUUUCUAAAAGAGAAAGUAAAGUUUAGUCAGAAAAAUAUUUGGUGACAGAUAGCGGUUAUGUAAUUAGCUGUAAAUUAGAUAAAACAAAGAAAAAGAAAUUUCUGGGUCCAAAGUGAUCUGGAAAGUUUCCUAAAUUUUGUUUUCUUGAAUGAAAAAGCGCUAAAAAAUUUCAAGUUUUCCAAUCAAAAGCAAAUAUUUUUGAUCGCGCGGCAGUGAAUGAUGAUGGAAAAUUUAAAUUUGAUAAUACUCUUGCUUCCUCUAUGUUGUAGAUAAAAUUUCUUACUAAUAAAACAUAUUUAGAAGAAGAAAAGAAAGAUUAAAUUCGAUAACAUUUUGUAAUGGGAAUUAUGUUUCGAAAAGUCAACUCAAUUCACAUUUCUUUUAUGAAUCAUUCAAAUUUGUUUGAGUUUGUGUCGCUUUGAAGAAAAUCAGAUGAGAAAAAUUAUUUUCCAAAACGAAAUCAAAGUCAUGUAAAUAUUUUCAUCAAAAUAAUUAUUCUAUCUGCAAGGAAUAGAUAAUUAUUUUAAUUAAUUUUGCGUAUUUUAAUCCAAAUUGGCUUUUUUUUCAAUCUGACAUAAAUAUUUAUUUUGAAAUUCUUCUUCAUUGAAGAUUAAAUUUGAUGUGAAAUUUAGAGCCGAUAAAGAAAAUAUGCAGCGAUCACUCUGUGCGUUCACAUUUUUAUGAAUGAAAAACAAACAUUAUAAGUAUGUCAAAGAAAAACAAUUGCAUAAUACUGCCUAUGAGUAUAUUAAGUGAGAUUUUCAACAAAAACAAAAGAAAUAAUAAUAAAGAGAAAAACUUUUCAAAUGAUGGAAACGAUAUUUAGAGAAAAUGAUAUCAAAAUUUUUUUAUUGAAGAUUCAGUAAGUGGACGAGGUGAAAAUUAUUUACUUUCCCGACAUUAAACACAUUAAUUGUUUCAUUGAGUUUCCGACAAUCCUUCCUUCUGUGAAAAGAAAUCUUCUUCUCAAACAUGAUAAAAAGAAACUUCAGGCAUAUUGAAAGAAUAGCUAGAUUUGUGUGUCAUAUUAUUAAUGACUUAUUUAUGCAAUGAGAAGCAUCAAAGAAUCGUCCAACACAAUAUUUAAAUAUACAAACAACAACAAACAUGACAUUCGUUGAAAGAAAAAAAAAAUGCUUACGAAAUGAAGCUUUAAUUUAAUAUUGAAAGAAAAAAAGCUUCUUAUUAAGAAAUUUGCCAAAUUAUAUGAAAAUAUAACUACCUAGAUUGAUGAUUAUUUUGCUUAUUCAUUCGUCAAAACAAAACAUAACCACAUGGAUUUGUUUUUCUUUUAAAUUUAUCGCUUAGAAUCAAAAAGUUGAGUAUAAAAAGCAAAUAAAAUACAACACCUCAUUCAUGAAUGAAAAUAAUCCUCAUGAUAUGAUUAAUGACACGGCAUGAAAAAUUAUAUUUUCGUUUUUACUAUAUCGAAUGAAUAAAAAGUA